CCCUCUCGCCCUCCUCCGCCGCGCAGCUGAUGGAGAGCAAGGGCUGCAAAGGGGACAGCCUGCGGCCGGCGGGCCCGUGCAAGCAUUCGGUGGAGAAGAAGACCAUGACCAACCCCACCACCGUCAUCGAGAUCUACCCCGACACCAGUGAGGUGAACGACUACUAUCUCUGGUCCAUCUUCAACUUCGUAUACCUCAACUUCUGCUGCCUCGGCUUCAUCGCUUUGGCCUAUUCGCUGAAAGUCCGGGAUAAGAAACUCCUCAAUGACUUAAAUGGUGCAGUGGAAGAUGCCAAGACAGCCCGGCUUUUUAACAUCACCAGCUCAGCCCUUGCCACCUUCUGCAUCAUCCUCAUCUUCAUCUUCCUGCGGUACCCCCUCACUGAUUACUAGCAGGAGGCCAACAGCAGCACCGCCGCCAAGAUGCCUCUAUGCCAGAAGUGUCUGCAGUUGUUUCCUGUAGCAAGGACACGAGAGUAAAACAACUCCACCGUGAUGGCAAAAAAAAUAAUAAAUAAAUUAAAAAAAAAAAGUAAAUACAAAAAAUAAAAAAUAAAUGAGUUUAUCAGCCCGGGCAAGCGUACUCUUCCUGCUCCUAAACAGUAUGUGGACUGCUGUAGGAAAGGGUUUCACUUUUGCAAGUGUACAGGAAGGAAAAGAGACCAAGAAGAUCUUAUUUCAUGGCAAACAGAGCUGUGUAAUGUGAGUGUGCAAAGCUGAGAGCUAAAUGUGUGGCCAGAUGCAUGGCCGUAGAGGCCUUUGGGCUACAAGACAGGGCUGGGAGGAAGGUGGCAUGCCCAAGGUCAAUGGGAUGACCAAGGCUCAGAGCAUAUCAGACGCUUUCAGAGUGCCCACUGCCCCACAGCGUUCUGUUGUUUUCCUUCUGUGAUGCAGUUCUACUGAAUUUAAUUCAUGGGUUGAGAUAACCAUCCUGGAGGGCUGAGUGUUAGGGUGUUGGUGUCAGAGAGCCCCAGUGCCUCCAGGUCAACCCCAGCGCAUUAAAGGGCAAAUUUCUCCUUGGGAUCACCCAGCAGUGUUGAGGACGAAGGCAUCUCCUGGAGAACUCCAUGUGCUCUGUGAACCAAGUGCUACUGUAUUUCUGUAACACGGUCAAUAAAGAUACCUCUGAUA